CUCAGAUAACCAGAAACGCACCCAGGUUAGGGUUAGUAAAGCUAAGCUCUGAUGGAUUAAACUUCACCAUCCAGGGGUUUUGGCUGACUGAAAACCGGAUCCGUAAACCUCCGUGCGUAAAAGUGUGUGCGUCUCCAUCGUCUCUGCCAUGCUGAAGGAGAGGAGCUACCACGCGGAGAUGCUGAAGAGCAGUCCUCUCCAGGGUUUCUUCCCCACUCCUUACCACUUCAUGGACCUCUACCCACGGACACACAGUCUCCUCCACCCGCUCAAGUCACUCGAUCGGCUGGUGUCGGACGCCCGAGCUUCCCUGCCCCUCGGGUUCCACGUAGGCGUCUCUCACGGCGCGUCUGGCUUGCCGUACAGCAGCCAGAUGUUUCCGGGACACGCUCAGUACUCCAGGCCGGAGGAGCUGGCCGCGGUGGUGACGGAGCACGCCGCCGGACCGCUGUCCUCAGACUUCAGCAGCCCGUCCAGCGUCAGCUCUCCAUCCGUCUGCUCCUCCUCCACGCCGCGCAAGGAGAGCUUGUUUCGGCCGAACACGGAGAAAAAGGUUCCAUCCUUUAACUUCAGCAAGGAGGACUUGUUUAUGGUGCUUUAUGGUUACUAUGGGGACCAGGUGGGCAGCAGGGGCCACGCUAUAUCAGGACUGACCCUGCAGGAAAACUCAGCUUCUGAUUCCCCCAUUUCCCUGCUGGAUAAAGAAACUCAGGCGCUUCCAGAGGGACUGAUUGUCCUCCAGGCUGCAUGGGGAAGUGCUUACCACUGUGGAGUUUUCACAGAUAAGAUCAGCAUCCCUAAAGGCACCCGUUUUGGACCUUUCCAAGGAAAACAUGUGAACACCAGUGAGAUCAAAACAUAUGAUGACAACACUCUGAUGUGGGAGGUUUUUGAGAAUGGUCGGCUGAGUCAUUUUGUGGAUGGCAGAGGCACCUCUGGGAACUGGAUGUCCUUGGUGAAAUGCGCUCGGUUUCCUGAGGAGCAGAAUCUGAUCACAGUGCAGGAUCAGGGUCAGAUCUACUAUGAAGCCUGUAAGGAGAUCACACCAGGCCAGGAGCUCCUGGUAUGGUAUGGAGACUGUUACACACAGUUUCUUGGAAUCCCACUGACGCUGAAGAACCCGAGAGAGGACAACAACAGUGUUUCUCCAGCUGAAGAUUCAGGAGAGGGCUUUAAGUGCGACAGAUGUGGGAAGGUGUUCGCCUACAAGUAUUACAGAGAUAAGCACCUGAAGUACACACGAUGCGUUGAUCAAGGGGACCGCAAGUUUCCCUGUCACCUGUGCAACAGGUCCUUCGAGAAGAGGGACAGGCUGAGGAUCCACAUCCUGCAUGUGCACGAAAAACACAGACCUCACAAGUGCUCUGUGUGCGGGAAGAGUUUCUCUCAGUCCUCCAGUCUUAACAAACACAUGCGGGUCCACUCUGGAGAGCGACCAUACAAGUGUGUCUACUGCAACAAGGCCUUCACUGCCUCCAGCAUCCUGCGCACUCACAUCCGCCAGCAUUCCGGAGAGAGGCCCUUCAAGUGUAAGCACUGCGGGAAGGCCUUCGCCUCCCACGCGGCCCACGACAGCCACGUCCGCCGGACCCACGCCAGGGACAAGCCGUUUCCCUGCGAGCUGUGUGGGGCCUCUUUUCUGGAGGAGCAGGAGCUCAGCUUCCAUCAGACCAUCCACAAAAAGAGACCAAUGGACACCAUCACUGUCCUCCCUUCUUCUGGAACUGGACUGGAAAAAGACUCUGGACUUGCAGUGGAGGAAAUCCAAAAAGCUCAGAAGAAUCCAGGGCAAAGGUUUCCAACUUAUCCCGGGUUGAAAGUUUCAAACUCUGAUUAUCGGCCCUGGAACUAGACUACCCAGGAAAAAAAUGCUUACUAUUGUACAGCCUUAUUUAAAACUAACCAGGAUUAUUUAAAUAGUAGGGCAUCUAUUUAUGUAACUAUGUUUUAUUUUAUUACAUGGCUUAAAGCUAUCUCUCUACCUGGUUAAGUCAGGGCAGGUUUUGUUAUUAUCAUUAUUACCAAGUAUUUUAGUCAU